AUGUUCCGCCUCCGCCCCGCUCUCCGCCCCCACAACCUCCCCCGCCUCCUCCCCAGCACGCGAAACCUCCCAGCCCUCUGCCUCCUCCCGCAGCGGCCAUUCCACACCACCUCCCUAACCCUCAAAAAGGCAUCAAAGCCCGCAAAAGGUGAUCACCACCACAUCCCCAGCAACGAGGUCCCCCCACCCGCCGGUGCUUUCGACUUCGACGCCCACUUCACCGACCUCGAGAGCGACCUCGCCCGCGUGCUCGAGAAGCUCAAGGACGAGCUGUCGAAGCUGCGUACAAGCCGUGUGGACCCGGCGCUAUAUGAGAACAUUCAGGUGGUUGUGGACCGCGAGGGAGCCAAGGUCUCAUUGCGUGAUAUUGCGCAUGUGGUUGCGAAGGGGAGGAGUGUAGUUGUGGGGGUUUAUGAGGAGGAUAAUGUGAAGAAGGUCAUGAAGGCGCUGCAGCAGGCAGACCUGAAUGUGACGCCGAUCGUGGACGCAAAGACGCCGACGCAGAUCACGAUGCCUCUGCCACCACCGACAAAGGAGUCGCGGGUUGCGACGGUGGAUGCGGCGGCGAAGGCGGGUGAGCGGGCGAAUAAUGCGCUCAGGAACGCGAGGCAGGGGUCGCAUAAGAAGAUUAAGAGCCUGAAGAGCAUGCGUGUGGACGAUGUGAGGAAGGCGGAUAAACAGUUGGAGAAGAUCAUGGAUAAGGUUGGCGCUGAGGCGAAGAAGAUUAUAGAGGCAGCAAAGAAGUCGAUCAUGGAGGCUUAG